AUUACGGGUCAGAGGUCAUCGCUGGGUCAUUUGAGGUCAAACCAAAAUGGCGGACUUGGAGUAGUUUGCAAAUUUUUAGAGUACGAGAAAACUGCAAAAUUUGUACAUUUCGAAUAUCUCUGAUAGGUUUUCUUUGUAGGAGAUUGAAGUAAACAUUCCGAAGGAUCAUUAUGGCGUUUGGUGCGUUGACUGAAGAAGAGCAAAAUCUUCAAAAGAAGUACGCUUUGCUCCGGAAGAAGAAGAAAGCUUUAGCUGCAAAGCAGAAGGCAGAAGUACAACAGCAAACCAGUACCAAAAGGGCUGCUGCAGAAGACCAGAAGAUAGAAGCACCCGUCAAUGCUGAGGAGGCCACAGAGAGGGCCAAGAAACUCAUCAAAGCUGGGGCCAUCAAAGUAAAAACUGAUAAUAAAGACACCGGCUUCAAAAGGAUUCGAAAGAUGAAGGAACUAGAGAAGCCCAGUGAGAAGCCUGUACAGUUCCAGCCCUUCAGCGCAGCCCAUCCAGAGAGUGAGGAUCCAGCAUCUGGUAGCAGCAGAGGAGUAAGAGGUCUUUACGACAGCUUUGUCCGGGGAGGUGACUUAAAUGACAAUGACUUUGAAAGAAGAGCAUCGUCAAGUUUUGAUGACAGAGACCGAAGGGAGCCGAGGAAAGGCAACACUCUGUAUGUUCAUGGCCACGGCAUUACUGAGGACCUGCUGAAGAAAAGCUUCUCAAACUUUGGCAACAUCAUCAACAUCAGCAUGGAACUAGACAAGAACUGUGGGUUUGUUAGCUUUGAGAAACAAGAGUCAGCAGACGAAGCCAUCAAUGAGAUGCACGGUACCAUGGCAUCAGGAGUCUUGCUGAAGGUCAUGCUGGCCAGAAGACAGCCUGUCAUAGAUGUGGGCAAUACCAAGUCACCGUGGGGAGGUCUAGCAUCUGGUCACCAGGGGCCCAAGGGGCUGAACCACAAAGAUAGGAGAGCACAGGUUGUUUAUGACGACAUGGACUUCUGAGAUGCCUCAGGAUGUGGCUUGCUAAGCCUUUGUCAGUCACUCACUUACAACUCCAUCUUCAAAGGAAAUGUGUUUUAAGUCUUGAAAUAGACUUUUCAUUGCCUUCCAGUCUGGAAAUGGAACUUGGGAGCUGUACUUCUAAAGAUAAAUGCUAAGCUAGGAGGGAACAUGUUAAAGGAUAUGGUAACCAAAUGGCUUUAAAAAGUUAUACUUUAAUAUGUAUGCUUACCUGGUUGGUAUGGCAUGACUCAAGAACUGAUAACGAAAUGGCUACACCUAAAGUGCAUGGCUACAUGUUGUAGACUGCAUCUCAAUUUCCAUCUGUGGUUUAGAAUAGCAUUAUAAUAUUGUAUUUUCUGUUUUGUUGAAUGACAUUGUAGAGUCAAUUCCAAGUUCAAACUAAAAGAAUAGUUAGGUCACAAAAGCCCUAUUUUUUUCAAACAAUUUGAAAUUGAAUUGUGGACAUGAUUGAUUUAUUAAUGUAUGUUCAAAACAUUUUGAAAGUAGAUACAGAAUGCUCUCUUUAUCUAGAACUAUUUUCAAACAUCUAUGUGAGACUUUCACUGUUAGAAAUGCUUACAAACAGAACAUUUUUCCAGUUGUACAUUUGAGCUAUUAUCCCUAUAAAAGUGGGUGCUAGUUGUC